GCCAUCAUUACCUCCCUUAAACACUGGCACGUCUGUUUUAUAGUAGUAGGUGGCGUCUGCAUUGUGUAUAUAGCAAGAACCUUGCCCUUACGUUUGACAGUUGUUGGCGAACGUGACAGGGGGAAAGUCUCAGAUCUUUACCCGGGCCUUAACCAAUAAUGGCGCAACCUGAUGUUCUGGUGAAGUUGUUGAUUUGUGGUGGUGGCAAUGGCGCUCAUGUGUUAACUGGGCUUGCUUCAUCUCGCAGAAACGUCCAAGUGAACGUGAUGUCUCUGUUUGCAGAUGAAGCUGAGCGAUUCAGAAACACACUGGGCAAUGACGAGUUCACCGUAGAGUUUAAAGAAAAGGAUGGAACCACCAAGUUCAUCAAGUCCCGACCAAACAUGAUCACCAAUGAUCCUUCAAAAGCUGUACCGGGAUGUAAUAUUAUCAUUUUCACAGUUCCAGCAUUUGCUCACGAGGGCUACUUCAAAGCUAUCGCGCCGUAUAUUGAGCCAAAUACUGUUGUAGUCGGUCUUCCAAGUCAGCCUGGUUUCCAGUUCCAAUGUUGCGACUUGUUGGGCAUCGGAGGAAAAACUUGCGCCAUCGUUUCUUUUGAAUCUUUGCCAUGGGCUUGCCGUAUCCAGAAAUUUGCUCGGGAAGUUCAAGUUCUUGGCCCAAAAGACACACUUGCAUGUGCAAUUAUCAUGCGUGGGUGCCGACCUUAUUUCCCUGUUCUACCCACCAUACAGUAUAUUAUUGGUAAAGAGCCUAAGCUCACUCUUGCUGCUAACUAUUUAUCUAUCAAUCUGUUAGCUGAUUCUGUUGUUCAUCCUCCAAUGAUGUACGGCACCUGGAAGGACUGGGAUGGUAAACCCCUUAGUGAGAAACCGUUAUUCUAUCAAGGCCUGAAUGAUUUUGCUGCUGGUAUGCUUGACAAAGUGAGCACCGAGCUGUUCAACACUGCACAAGCUAUCCAGAAGAAGUACCCAGACAUGGAUAUGAGUGACGUCAUUCAUCUCUUUGACUGGUACAAACUUAACUACAAGGAGAGUAUCUCUGACUUCAGCACCCUGCAAACAGCCAUGCGUACAUGCAAGGCUUACAAUGGACUGGUGCACCCCAUGAAGGAGGUUGAAGGAGGUAAAUUUGUUCCCGACUUCAACUACCGUUACAUGACAGAAGAUCUUCCUUUUGGCAUGGUAGUAUUCCGCGGCAUUGCCCAAAUAGCAGGAGUACCCACCCCUGCUAUGGAUGAAACUAUCCUCUGGGGUCAGAAGAUUCUCGGUAAAGAGUUUCUGGUGAACGGCCAGUUAACAGGCAAAGACAUGGGCAUGACUCGCGCCCCUCAACGUUAUCACUUCUCCACUUUGUUCGAGUUAGUUAAUCUGCGAUAGAUUCCUUAUUGAUUCUCCGAUAGUAAUCACUGCAGUAAUUAUUUUUCUGCAUUACUUGGCAUGUGUAUUCUCGUUAUUUAUAUUAAAAAAAAAACAGAAACGAUUAACUGAAAUUCUAAAAAUUUGUACUGAAAUAAUAAACUCUAAACUUAUUUAUUAGAACUGAAAUCGCUUGAUAGGAGAUAACAACUAAAAUAGUUGAUUAAUCUCAAUGUUCUUGUUUACCCUCCACGAAUAAAGCUUUAUAAGAUAUCCA